UUAACGGCUCAGUCUUAAAGUGACGCGCCCGAUUUAAUUCCAACCUUUGUCAUGUGACUUGAGGCUGCUUGUGUGUGUAUGAACAAACGCACCCAAGUCAUUGACAGAAAUGGCCACCGCGGAAGUGGAGCGCAGACGAGGUCAGCUUGCUGCUUUGUCCAUAGCAGCAGUGGUCAUCAUUGUGGGAGUCCCUCUGUGGUGGAAAACCACUGAAACCUACCGGGCCUGGUUACCUGUCAGUCAGAUCAGAGAACUGGCUAAGCUGCAGCUCCAGCUGAGUGCAGAUGUGGAGGUUGUAUUUGCCCGUGGAACAGUGACACCAGAGCAGCAGAAGAAGGUGCCUCUGACACAAACCCAGGAGGAGCAUCAUGCUGUAGAUGAGGAUACAGCUUUGAAAUAUAGGUAUGAGACAAAAUAUCGCACAGCCACCAUCAUGGAGGAGGAUGCCCUGAACAAACCUACUGCAGCGGAGGCAGAUCUUUCUCUGCAUGUGCUGAGUGAGAGUCCAUGUGGGUCUUUGGUCAUAUAUGUGAUCCCUGAGUCGUCCUCAUUACUGCCUGAGGAUGUUAAAGUGUACAUUGGUCAGCGACGGACUGCGCUGCUCCGUGUUGUUCCCCAGAUGAGAACAGCUAAGAUGCUUGAGCAGCUGCUGCAUCACCUGCAGCCACACAUCAAACAGGUACUGAGAGUGAUGUCAUUCAGCCGUGCUGACAUCACUGCUGCCCUCAGCGACAGAGUCCGUUUCCACCCAGGCAACAAAGAGAGCAUUGCAGACAGUAUGAGAGCCUUCAAAUCCAGUCCAGGCUAUGAGAUAACAUUCAGCUUGUUAAACCCCGACCCGAAGUCUCACCGGCUGCACUGGGACAUUGAGGGUGCUGCGCAGACCUACAUACAGCCUUUACUUACCAAAAUGUCCCCGGUGGCUAAUUUUAGCAUUGACUCUCAGACCUUGCAUUAUGCCAUGCUGGGUGUCAACCCACGCUUUGAUAACACCCGCAAUGCCUACAUGCUCAACGCCGACAGCCUCGCGCAUGUUAUCAACCCAGUGGAGGCCAGACUUGGCUCUAAUGCAGCAUCUUCCAACCCAGUGUUGAAUUUUCUUCUAUAUGUUCCUGAUGCCUACCAUUCACCUCUUUACAUCCAAGAUCAAAACAAGCAGGAAGUGCCCUCCAAUGCGUUUCACUCGCCACGCUGGGGUGGGAUUAUGGUGUUUAAUGUAGACAGUUACUAUGGGCCAGAGGCAGAGUUCCCUGUUGACAUAAACAUCAACAUGGCUAAAGUCAUGGGCGUCUUCCUCGCACAGCUUCGACUGUUGCUGGGUGUGCAGUCGUCACCCCCACCCCCUGGCUUCCUGGUGGCACCCUGUGGCAGAACCGGACUAGCUGACUGGGAGCUGGACCGUCUCAUGUGGAGCCGCUCAGUGGAAAACAUUGCAACAGCGACCACAACAAUCACCUCACUUGCACAGCUGCUAGACCAGAUAGGCAACAUUGUUAUUAAUGACAACAUUGCUGAACAGGUGUCCAGCGCUGUGACGUCUCUGCAGCUGGCUGUUGCAGAGCUGGAGGCUGGAAACCUCAAAUUCGCCCUGCAGUUUAGUAAAGAAGCCAUCCUGGCUUCAGAGAAAGCCUUCUUUGACCCCUCACUGCUCCAUCUCCUCUACUUUCCUGAUGACCAGAAGUUUGCUAUCUACAUACCUCUCUUCCUGCCGAUGUGUGUGCCUAUUCUGCUGUCUCUGAUCAAAAUAGCUUCUGAGGCUAGACAGAAACGUAGGGAAAAGCAAGCUAAGAAGGACUGACGUGAAGAUGUUAUGGAUAAACUGUUUUGUUGGUGGCUUUGACAUUUAGUGGCAAUGGGGGCAUAAAGAAAGGUUUUUAUACAGUGUUGUUUGGGGAUAUUGUUCUGUUUGAAAUUAGGAUGGGCAUGUGUUGAAAGUUUUUAUUAAAUGACUACUGGAACUGUAGCUGUACGGUUGAAAGCUUAAAUUUGUGUAAAUGUGUAAAAACUUAUAUAUAUAUGAACUUUCUUUUGUAAAUUAUUAAGAAUUAAAGACUAAAGAUCUAAUUCA